GAAAGCUGUGGAAUAUGUGUAUUAUUGAUUCUGCUUAUGAGAAUUCGGAAGAGACGAUGAAAGCUGGAUUGAAAUUAGGGUCUAAGAAAUGGAAAGGAGGAUCCUACUUCUAAGCUAUUUUUGGAAAUCUGCAGAAGGUUGCUCUUGGAGCAGCUAUGGGACUUCCCUUUCUUCACACUGCAGAAACAAAAGUCAUUGUAAGGACUUUAAAAGUUCGAAUAUCCUGCUUGACUCGGUAUGCAACUCCUCCUUCACAUUGAAGAUUCAGCUCUCACACCUACGGUGAUUAUUUUAGCUAAACGAGUUGUUGCAUCACAGCUCUUUGGAGUAAAGAUGGGUCUGGCACCAUUUUGCGAUAUCGGGAAAAGAGUGGAAGAUCUUUUGACCAAAAUUUACAACGUCGACCGGAAGCUUACGCCAACAAUGUUGAGCAAUAGUGGGAUUUUAAGUGCAGCAUUUCCCCACUUUAGGAAAUGGUGGGAAGCUGCACAAAUUACAAAUGUGGAAGUUGCAAAAAUUGAUAGGAUAAGCCUAGGAACAAACAGUAUAUACGCAUGAGAUACCUAUAUAGCGGAAUGCCCACUUCACUGGAACUAUCCAAAGAGAGGGAAGAUGCAUUUCUUGCUGACUAUUCUGAGCUGAGCUCAUACAGAUAAAGGUAAGAAUGAUAUCCUAAGUCUCUUAUCUUUGACGCUGAUUCACCUAAAUUUUACACAAAAGCCCGACCAGACAUUUUAUAAUUUGUGAGAUAUUUAGUCUGGCUUUUGGAAUGGGACCAGACAACCAAUUACACAGACACAAAUGCUUGAACAGAUGGCAAACAAGAUAUUUAGUCUGGCCUUUUAAUCGUUGUUUUUUAGUUGCUUGUCUAUAUUUUGCCGUAGCAAACUGCUUCCACCUUCUUGAGACUAUUUGUUUUUGCCCAACUCUUCCUUCUGUUUGACUCCACAGAAGUUAUGAAGAUCGUCUGAGUCUCUGAUGUGACUUGAUCCUGGGUCAAUAGCAACAUGCUUCUGCCUACCAAAUUUCUGUUUAUGCAAAGAAAGAAUAGAACUUAGAAAGUAUAGAUUUCCUGUUCAACA